AUAAUGUUAAUAAUUCAAAUUAAUUUUAUCUAUUUUAUGCGAAUUAUAAUUUAAAUAAUUCACCGUUUUAGUUUAGAAUGAUAAAUGAGUCAUUCAAUAAGAAGGGAGGUCAAGUAGCAUUCGGAAAUAUGACACUCAAAUGUCAAUUAAGCCGUAUAUAUUGUUCAAGUCUUUUAGUUCUAUAAACAUACCUUAACACAAUGAGUGAAGAACGUACGAUCAAAUUUCCUCUGUAUACCCAUAAAUCGUUGGAAGAAGAAAUCCAUAGAUUAUUAAAACCUUUAAAUUCAGAUUAUAUUGCAAGAAAAGAUAAAAUGCAUAAAGUUAAUAAUCUAUUAAGGAAUUGCCAACCAUUUCCAAAGAACAUCAGGGAGGAAAAUCGGUUUAUUUUAUAUAGAAAUAAAUCAUUUGAAGAGAAAAAAAUAAUUAAAUCAAGAAGACAAUAUAUAGAAUGCAAAUUUUGCAAAAGAAAUGGGGAUCCAAAAGACUUUUAUCAAACCCAUGUUUUAAAAGAUGCUAAAACUGGAAAAGUUAUAUGUCCCAUUCUUAGAAAUUAUACAUGUGAAUAUUGUGGGGCAACGGGAGAUUAUUCUCAUACUCGUAGCUAUUGCCCAUUUGCCAAAGAAAAGAAUAUUGGUAAUGCUGCAGCAAUGAAACAAACACUACAUGACAGUUCAGGAAAAAUAAGAAAAAAACAAUAG